AACAACAGUCUCCUCAAGAAGCACAGUCUCUGGCGCUAGUGGCGUGCGUCGUCUCUAUGGUUCCCGCCGGAAGGACGCCUUUGCGUCUCUGCGGCUAGCGUGGUUGCCAUGACGUCCGGGUCUCCGCCAGCAACUGCGCCUUGUCGCUGAGCGCCUAGGGACCAAGCGACCCCGGGACCCUCGCGGCACCCUCCGCAGGAAAAUUUCCGACUUGGUUCCUGAGGUUCCUGCGGAGGAAAGCACCCAUCCUCCCCUCUUUUCCGCAUUCUGGGCCUUUUCCUUUUCUCUCCCCAGUAUGGCCCGAAACUACAGAAGGGGAUCCCCUACUGGCCCGGCAUGUCUAGUCCCGGGUUUGAGUGAUUCCGCCUGAGGUAGGAUUCGCCCGUUUCCCCGGAACCAGCUGCCACAAGCAUUUAGUAUUAGGCUGCCGCUGUUUAUUAGAGCGGGCUUAGAACACCCUCAGCGAGGUAGGUCGGCGUUCCUUUUCUCGCUUAAAGGUGAGGUCUCGAGACGCGCCCCUGACGGCGCCAGAAGGUCCAGGCCACUACAAAGUCCACAGAGGCGCAGUUUCCCCUACGUUAGGCCCGCGAAUAAAGAACUGCUGUUUCUGAUUUUUUGGCCGAUGUUCAUCAUGCAGAACAUUGAAUCCCGAUGAAGAUUUGGAGGCCUUUUCUUCUUCAAAAUUUCUUCCAACAUUUUUGGUGAUUCUCAGCAGGAGAGUUGUUCCAGGGCUCUAAUCCAUCACACUGCAAGAAACAGAAGAUACUUCUCAUAAUGAAGACCUGGAAAAAGAUAAAACAUCACAAAACUGCCUAGGAAGAGGAAUGGAACAAGUAGCAAAGAAGUUAGGAGUGGCCCAUGAAGAGAUUCAAAGGCUCACUGACCAACUACAAGUGAAGGAGAAAGAACAGUGUAAAUUAGAUUCUGCACUUAAGAAGGCUCAACUAGAAAUUGAAAAAUUGAAGGAGAAUUUGGUAAAGCAUAAAGAAAAUGAUGCAGCUGACCUGCAGAAAGCAAAGGAACAUAAUCAGAGACUGGAUGAGGAAAUUCUAGCUUUAAGAAAUAGGGUUCGAUCACUUGACUCAGAAAAAAAAGUGCUUGGUGAAAUGGUUGAGAGACUUAAAGGAGAGGUGUGUGAAUCUCAAGAGAAUAAGCAACUUGGACACCACUCCCCUGGAAAAACUACAGGUGCUGAACGGAAAGAACAGCAUCCAUCAUCUGGAGAAAAACUAAAAUACAACCAGCAAGAGGAAGUACAGCAACUUCGCCAGAAUUUGCACCGGCUCCAGGUUCUAUGCAACUCAGCUGAAAAUGAGCUUCGAUAUGAACGAGGGAAGAACUUGGACUUAAAGCAACAUAAUAGCUUACUUCAGGAAGAAAACAUCAAGAUAAAGAUUGAACUAAAGCAUGCCCAACAGAAGUUAUUAGACAGUACAAAGAUGUGCUCUUCACUCACAGCAGAGUGCAAGCAUUGUCAGCAGAAAAUCAAGGAACUGGAGUUGGAAGUACUUAAGCAGACUCAGAGCAUUAAAUCACAGAACAACCUACAGGAAAAGCUGGCUCAGGAGAAAUCUAAAGUUGCUGAUGCAGAGGAAAAGAUUUUGGACCUGCAGCAGAAAUUAGAACAUGCUCAUAAAGUCUGUCUCACAGACAGUUGUAUUUCAGAGAAGAAGCAGCUAGAGGAAAAGAUAACAGAAGCAACAGAAAAUGAAGCUAAAAUAAAGCAACAAUAUCAAGAAGAACAACAGAAGAGGAAACUCCUAUAUCAGAAUGUAGAUGAGUUACACAGGCAAGUGAGAACCUUAAAAGAUAAAGAAAGUCUCCUGGAAAUGACCUGUUCUCAGCAACAAUCCAGAAUUCAGCAACAAGAGGCCCUACUUUCACAACUGGAAAAUGAGAAAAGAAAAUAUGAUGAGCAUGUCAACAGCAACCAGGAAUUAUCAGAGAAGCUGUCUAAGCUACAGCAAGAGAAAGAAGCUCUACAUGAAGAAUAUGUGCGAUUAUUGAAGCUACUUAAUGUCCAUGUGAGAAACUAUAAUGAGAAACAUCACCAACACAAAAUCAAGCUUCAAAAAGUCAAGUGUCGUUUAACUAAUGAAGUAGAACUACGAGAUAAGAGAAUUAACCAAUUUGAAGAUGAAAUUGGAAUCCUGCAACAUGAAAUAGAAAAGGAGAAGGCAAUACAGAACCAGAUCACUGCCCAAAAUGAUACCCUGAUUUUAGAAAAAAGGAAACUUCUGGAGCAAGUCAUAGAGCAAGAACGUUUGAUCCACAGCAACAAAUGGACGAUAUCUUCAAUCCAAAGCAGGGUACUUUACAUGGAUAAAGAAAAUAAGCAAUUACGUGAAAAUAGUCUUCGUCUCACACAGCAGAUUGGCUUCUUAGAGCGAAUUAUAAGGAGCAUUCAUAUUCGCAGAGGAGAGAAUCUUAAGGAGUUUCGUCUUCCAAAAUGGUGGCGUAAAGGCAAGCUGGCUUCUCUCCCCGCAACAAAAAGAGACAAAGAAAUAUACAGCAGUGAGGUCGCCACCAGCAAUAAUGCAGAGCUCCAGCAUGAGGAUGAGUCCAUUCCUGAGGUCACAGAGAAGUGGAAACACUCUGAGCAGAUGGAAACAACAAUUAGUGACAUCUUUGAAUCUGAAGUAAUGAAUGAAGCAUUGCCUUUAUCAAACUCCAGUUUUUCAGGAAAAGGUUUGGUAGAGUCAUUUGUAAGUCUUCAAGAGACUGAAGUGAUUAAGUCAAAAGAAGCAAUGGCAAGUUCAGAGUCCCCUGAGAAUCUUUUGUGUUCACAGAAUUCUGAGGCUGGAUACAUAAAUGUGGCUUCUCUGAAAGAGACACACGGUAUACAAGAACAAGACCAAAAGUCAGAGCUAUAAAAUCACUGUUGCCUAAAGCUAUACUGAACAAAAUUGCUAACUUAAAGCCUGGACACAAAAGUGGACCAUGACAUUGAGAAGAGUUACCACAGAUCCCAAAUGGAUGUCAACCAAGUGUCUUCAAAAUUGCUGAUAAAUUCAUUAAAGCCAUUCUAAAAAUGGA